UAACUCUUGUAUAUUGUAUGGUGGCGCUAUAGUCGCUACAGUCUAGUGGCGCUACAUCCAGAAGAAGAAGAAGGAAGGAUGUCACGGUAACAAAAGAUAAUAGUGAAAAUAAUGGAAAUGCCUGCUAGAUAAGAAUUAAAAAUCAAGUAUGCAGCAACCAUGUGAAGAUGAAAAAGGAAAGUUGGUGGUGAAUGAUACCAGCUACAGGAGGACACCAUGUACGGUGGGUUAUAAUGGGGAUAUCAGUGAAUGUGUUACCCAAGAUGAUUAUGAAACAGUGAAACAAGAUGAUUAUGAGGAGACAGAGCAAGAAAUUGGUGAGGUGAGAAUUUCUAGAAAACGACCCAAAAACAAAUCCUUGAAGGGGGAAUCAAAGAAAAAGAUAAAUGCUGCUCCUUACAGUAUAAUCGCCCAUAAGAAAGCCAAAUCAGAAUCUGUUGAACAAAAUGAGAAGUUUUACAAAGAUGAAAGCUACAAACAUUUUGUUGAUACUUCAAAUAGAAACGUAGCGGAAACUUUGGGUAUUCAGUUACGAGAUCAAUAUGCAGAAGAUUUUGAUAAUGAAGACCAUUGUAUUAACUUGAAAAAGAGCAAAGCAAAACAAUCAAGCACUUAUAAAAAGGGUUGUAUUAUCUAUGAAUCUGAACAAGCUCUUAAUCAAUUACUGAGGGAUUUGAAAAGUAGUGAUUUGGACAAGUGUGGUGUCAUAAGGGCAAGUUCAAAGGAUACAAUUAAGUUAGCAGAUGACAAGACAUAUGUUCUGGGUAAAAAUUAUACAGAAGAUGGUGUUCUUGGUAAAGGAGCUUCUGGACUUGUUAAAUUGAUGACAGAUAAAAUUUCAGGCAAGAAAUUUGUAUCUAAACAGCUGGAUAUCAAGAAUUUUGAUCCGAAAGAAGUAGAAGUGAUGACUCAAUUAAGCCAUGAAAAUAUCACACAGUUUCACGGUCUUCUGGUAGAUAAAAACAUCAUUCAACUUUUACAGUCAUUUUCAGGCAAAAGUCUUGGUGAUCUAGCAAAAGUCACCUCAUUUUCAGAAGAUGGAGUGAUAAAUAUAUCUAUUCAAGCAUGCAGUGCAUUAAAGUAUAUGCACAGCUAUGGCAUCAUCCAUAUGGAUAUUAAACCUGACAAUGUUUGUGUUAAACCAGAAACUGGGGAGUUAUUUUUGACAGAUUUUGGUUCAUGUAAAACACCACAGCAAGCCAUAGAUGGGAAAGGUUUGACUCCGGAAUAUAUGAGUCCAGAACUCAAUAAAGUUAUCAUUAACAGACAGAGUCAGUCUAAGAUUUUUGAAGAAGAAGAAAUAACUGGGAAGAAUGACAUCUAUGGGUGGGGUCUAACCAUGUGCUUUAUGAUAGAGAGAGCUCAUAGUAUGCUGAAGUACAUGAACCUAAAACCAAACAUCACGGCUCAAGAGUUUUCAAAUGCAAGAGCCAUAUACAGAUGUCAGAUUGCUCAAAAUCCUCACUUUAUGUCCACUGUGGUUCCAGAUGAUAUACCAAGAGACAUCAGAGAAGUGAUUCAAAAGUGUUUACAUGGUGAUGUUCAAGAGCGUUUUACAGCAGCAGAGACAAUACAGCAACUAUUAUGCAUACAGCAAAGUCGAAUAUUACCAGUUGUGCAACAGAAUCGUCUUGUAAAACAUCAGAACAUCAAGGAUAAACUUAAUAAUAAGUUAAAGAUGAAAAAUGGUCCGUUCCCAGAGGAAAUCAUCUCUGAGCCCGAGUCUCUAGUGGAAACAUCUCCACUAUCACCACCACCAAUAACAACAACAACAGCUACAAAUGACAACUGUCCUAAUUUUCUUGCCUUGUUUUCAGAUUAAUUUGUAUGCCCAAUUAAACUGUAAACUCUCACUAAAACCUGAUGUUUAUGUAAUAUGUUUUUCACAGAUAAGAUAACAUAUUAUAGAGACUGGUUAGUUAUUAAUAAUGUUGAUAACAAUUAUGAAUAGCGGUAUUUCUUUAUAUGCUUUUAGAAUAGGAUGCAUGUCCAAGCCUGAUUUAUAAUUUUUGAUUCUUACUGCAAGCUUUAAAGGUGUCAUUUUUUUAUACUUUUGGUGACCUCCACUAAAUGAAGAUCUGACCGGUUGUAGUGGAAGGUUGUGUCGGGUCAUACGAGUGACUUUUGACCCUAUGAUGUCAGACAUUUGAUUAAACAAUCAGAGUGGAUGUUUCUAGAGAGAUACCCACAAUUCUGUGCUAAUCCCUCAAAUCAACUGGAACACCGGUAAUAAAACAACUCUUCCAGAUCCUUGGGUAGUAAAGACAAGUAAAACGAAAUUUUGAACUGUAAAAAACAGAACGAAAUAGGAUAUUUGUUUUAAUCAGAUUGUUAAGGCUUUUUUCUGUGGGACGAGUUGGAGGUAUUUGCUUAAUUAAAUAGUAAUUUGAAAUUUCAAGGUGUAUCUUUAGUGCUAUUUUUGUAUUUUGAAUGUGUUUGUAGUUAAAUAUUUAAAUUUUGAAAUUGUAGUUUAUGAUUCCCAUGGAAUUCUUAAAUCUUAUUAAGACACUUUAAUUAUGCUGUAAUUCAUUAGGAUAAUGUUAUGCAUAGAUUUUACUCACUGAUAAAAAUGGCCAAAAUACAGAAGAUGCAUUAUUAAAAUAAUUACUGCCAUCAUUAUAAGUAUAUAAUACAUUCAAAUUAUAUGUGUAGAUACUAUAUAGGUCGAAAAUUAUUAAUAGAGAAGGCUUCUGGUAGUCUUGGGAAAUUUGAUACCAGUCUAUUUUUAGAAUAGUGUUCCAUGAAGCAGGAAGUGCUCAAAGAUAAAGGUACAACUUCUCAUAUAUGCACCAUUUAGUGAGAUGGGAUGGCAAACUGAGGUCCUGUGUAUUCAUUGGCGUGCACGUAAAAUAUCCCUUGGCAGUUGGAAUUCAAUAUAAGACUAGGCCGUAGCGCUGCUAUCCCGGCAAAAUUUCCCUCAUAGCACACUGUAUAGGUUAUUCCUGUCUCCAUUAGCCCAUUUGGAGCAGAACAGUAGGGCGUUAAAUUUCAUUUCGUUUCCAUCUAACUUAGCUCAAUUUUAUGUUAUAACUCUUGUAACAACUUGUGCACAAAUUUAUCAACUGGCCAAUUGAUUUAAAUGACUUUUGGGGAUGGUAAGCUUUAACAAUUCCACCCAUAGCAUACUACAUGGCCUAUGUUCAUCUUCAUUAGCCUGGUUGCUGUUGAAAAAUAAAUCAAACCCCAUUUCAUUGUCUUGUAUGACAAUAAAAUCAUCGUGGUAAAAUGUUCAUGUUGACAGAGCAAUUACCAUUCAAUAUAAUUUUUGUUUUAUUUGGCUACACAUUCCAUAUUUUAUUCUCUUUCUUCUUUGUGUAGCUUUUGUCUCCAUUAUUUUAUAACUAGUUGUUCAUCCAGAUUUUCCGGCGUGGUUUCUUCCUUGUCAGUGAUGCAGGAUGGAGGGCCUGACAAGUACAGCUGUCUAGUCGUUCGGAUGGGACGAAAAACCGAAGUCCCGUGUACACAUUGGCGUGCACGUAAAAGAUCCCUUGGCAGUUGGAAUUCGAUAUAAGAGUAGGCCAUAGCACCGCUGCCCAGGCAAAAUUUCCCUCAUACCACACUGUAUGGCAUAUGCCCGUCUUCAUUAGCCGAACAGUAGGACGUUAAACCCCAUAUCAUUUCAUUUCAUUUAUAACUAGUUGACCAUAAUGAAAUAGUUGUGUAUUUUAUAUUAGCCAAAAUAAAGUAAUGAAUUACAUGUCAAUUACUGUUAAGACACUUUUAAGCCUAAUUUUAAUGUAUGGAAAAUAGAUUUCUAUCUCGCAAAAACUAUUUUAAUCAAUUCAACCCUUCCAUUUUUCACCAAUAUAUUUUAUGUGUAUAUGAAGUGCUUGUCAAGUUAUGAGCAGAACCAAAUUAACUGCUCUCAUCUUUAUUAUACAUGUACAUACUUUUCAUGUUGGAGUAUAUUGUCGUCACCCCUGUCCAUCGAUCUACCGGUACCUCGACAAUUCUUGUAAACGCUCCAUUUCUUUUAAACUUUUUCUUAGCCUUUUUGGAAUUGGUGCCGAGACCUUGUAUAAGUGUUUCAGGUCAGAGUGUUUGAGAUAGGGUUUUUUUUUCACUCUUGGAGGGAUUCAGACUCCCUCAUUAAAUUUACCAGACAACUUAAAAGCUGUCCUUCAAAAAGCUGCUAGUGGGCAUUUAUUCAUUGAUUAUUAAUUGCCUAGCAACACAUAAUAUUUUUAUUAAGUUUGUUAUUACACAUAUAUAUAUAUAUCUGUAGUUUUGGAAAUAUAUUUUUGUUAUAUUAAUGUUAUUUCAUGUCUGAAAAAAUGUACUCUAUGUGUUGAAUUGCUUGGCAGUUGGAAUUUGAUAUAACAGUAGGCCGUAGUGCCGCUGCCUGGGCAACAUUUUCCUUAUAGCACACUGGCAUUCAAAAUCUCACUAAGUGAAAUCACAAAUGGUCUGUUAUUUCUUUCUGGCUAUUAGUCUUUCUUCCUAUCCUGUCAUCUGAAAUAAACAGAAUGUAGACACAA